AUUUUUCGUGCCUGCAACAAGGUGGAGAAGCAAGCAACUGGAGCGAUGGCCACGGCGGACGAGGAAGUGAAGCAGACGGACGUCGCGCAAGUGGAGGAGAACGACGAUGGAGUGCCCAGCCAAGUGAACGAGUACAAGGUUGGGUCGUUCUUGGGCGAAGGCGCGUUCUCCAAGGUGUACCUGUGUCACACGACCGUCGACUUUCUCCGCACCAACUACGUACACAUCCACACAUAUAUCAACAUCCUCCCAUCGCCGGCGAUCUCACAUUUCUUCUGUCGUAAUUGCACAGGCGCUGAAGAUCCUCAACAAAUCGUUCUUGAAACGCAAGCGCGAGAUCAAAAUGGUCGACGGCCGGCCCGUCCAUUCGAACGCGUUCCACAAAGUCGUCAAGGAGGUGGCAAUCAUGAAGAAACUGCGUCACCCGAACUUGACCAAACUGCACGAAGUCAUCGACGACGCCGAGCACGACAAGAUGUACUUGGUCUUGGAACUGGUCACGGGCGGCCAAGUGAUGGACUGGGACCAACAAGCCAUGGUGUACAAGUACUUAGGCGAAGACAAACCGGCGCCGGUCUCGGUCGUACAAACGUGUGUGUUAGACAUUGCGUUGGCCUUGGAAUACCUCCAUGCCAAUCAAAUAUGCCAUCGUGACAUCAAACCCGAGAACGUUCUUAGAUCGAACGACCAUUACAAACUGAGCGACUUUGGAGUCGCGCACAUGUUUGCCGACGACGACGCGAACGAGCUGAAAAAUACCGAAGGCACAUACCACUACUUGGCCCCGGAAUGCACGGUCGGGAAGGCGUACGAUCCGUUCAAAGUGGACGUGUGGGCGCUGGGGGUGACGGCGUAUGCGAUGCUGUUCCGCCGCCUACCGUUUGCCCACUCGCGGGAGAAAAUGACUGGCGGGGCUUUGGCCAUCAUGCAAUGUAUCCGCGAAGACGCCCUCGAGAUCCCGACCCCCGACGUCGACGACGACUGCCUCGACGUCCUGCGCCGCCUCAUGGACAAAGACCCCGAGACCCGCAUCACGUUGGCGGAGUUGAAGAACCACCCGUGGCUCCAACGUGCCAAGCAAGCGCUGCUCGAGCAAGACGAAGAGAGCGCCGCGCUCGCGAUGCGGCUGUCGGUCGUGUCCAUCUCGGAAUCCGACAUUGACCUGGCGUUCACGCCCGUCAACAACCUCAUGCUCAUGGUGAAAAUCAAGAUGAAGUUUGGCGCUAAACUGCGCGGCAUCCGAAGCUCCAUCGGCGACCGCAAGAAUUCCAGCUCCGAAGACAACAAUUCCCUUCCACGGAGUCCUCCGGCGUCAUUCGUGCCGGUGUCGGCCCCGCCACCUCUGACGUUGUUCGAGCCAGAAGCUGGCCAAGGAAUGGGUGAUAAUGUGGUGCACGAAGACUUGAGUCGACCGACGUCGUCGGCAUGCAACGACAAUGCGGAGGCGUCCAUCCCCCGGAGUCCCCCGAAGCGUGGACGUAGCUUGACCGACAAGUUUUUUCAGCGACAGAGCUCCAAAACCAACGAUGGCAAGAAGCAAAAGGACUGCCGGAUCAUGUAACAGAGACUCGAUAAUUAAAGUACUCUGUGGAUUAGUAGUAGGACUUUGAUAUGAAAUUACUUUUAGUAGCCCUGUCGUCG